GUUUUUUUGUGUGUACGUCAUUUCUAGAUGAACGUAAAGCUUUAAGUAGAUUAAAGUGUAGAAUUGGGAUAUAUAAGUUGAAGAAACACCACUAGCUACAGAGACAUUUGUAUUCUUAUACAAUUCAGAACUGAUUUUGUAAUUGUUUUAGUGCUGAAGCUUUAGUAAUAAUGAUGUGAGUUAACAAGUAACCAGAAAAUUCAAGUGAACAAUUGAAAGCCAGAGACGUGAACAACUUCCUCAACACAUGAACCGUGUUCAGAUAUUCAUCGUCUUGAGACAGAGCUGAGAACUAGAAGAUACGAAGACGAGCAGUUGAUUGAGACGAGCUGAAUAGCGUUAGCCUACAGAUUUUAAAGCACCUUCAGACAGUCACACUUUGUCUCCCUACAAUGUUACCGCAAGUCUCUACAUUUCUCACUCUUCUAGCCAUCCUCCACCUGCCCAAAUCUUGUCACUCUGAGAACGUCUCCUCAGACCCCGGCUCUGGUGACGCACUGCAGUCUUUGGAUGAUCUCCGCUGGCAGUCGUUUUCAUCUGAUGGAAACACCGAUGUGGACAAAAGGGUUAGAGAGUUCGUGGGGAAAAGAUCGGAGGAUCAGUUUUACAAUGAAAAUGACGCAAUAGAGAAGCGGCCAAGGCAGUUUGUAGAGAAACGAACCGAGGACAAAAGAGUUCGUGAAUUCGUCGGCAAACGAGUUAGAGAGUUCGUGGGGAAAAGAGACAUUGGUGAUAUAGACAUAGAAAAGAGGGUCAGAGAGUUUGUGGGGAAAAGAGACAUUGGUGAUAUAGACAUAGAAAAGAGGGUCAGAGAGUUUGUGGGGAAAAGAGACAAUGGUGAUAUAAACAUAGAAAAGAGGGUCAGAGAGUUUGUGGGGAAAAGAGACAAUGGUGAUAUAAACAUAGAAAAGAGGGUCAGAGAGUUUGUGGGGAAAAGAGACGAUGGUGAUAUAGACAUAGAAAAGAGGGUCAGAGAGUUUGUUGGGAAAAGAGACAUUGGUGAUAUAGACAUAGAAAAGAGGGUCAGAGAGUUUGUGGGGAAAAGAGACAAUGGUGAUAUAGACAUAGAAAAGAGGGUCAGAGAGUUUGUGGGGAAAAGAGACAAUGAUGAUAUAAACAUAGAAAAGAGGGUCAGAGAGUUUGUGGGGAAAAGAGACAAUGGUGAUAUAAACAUAGAAAAGAGGGUCAGAGAGUUUGUGGGGAAAAGAGACAAUGGUGAUAUAGACAUAGAAAAGAGGGUCAGAGAGUUUGUGGGGAAAAGAGACAUUGGUGAUAUAGACAUAGAAAAGAGGGUCAGAGAGUUUGUGGGGAAAAGAGACAUUGGUGAUAUAGACAUAGAAAAGAGGGUCAGAGAGUUUGUGGGGAAAAGAGACAUUGGUGAUAUAGACAUAGAAAAGAGGGUCAGAGAGUUUGUGGGGAAAAGAGACGAUGGUGACAUAGACAUAGAAAAGAGGGUCAGAGAGUUUGUGGGGAAAAGAGACGAUGGUGAUAUAAACAUAGAAAAGAGGGUCAGAGAGUUUGUGGGGAAAAGAGACAUUGGUGAUAUAAACAUAGAAAAGAGGGUCAGAGAGUUUGUGGGGAAAAGAGACGAUGGUGAUAUAGACAUAGAAAAGAGGGUCAGAGAGUUUGUGGGGAAAAGAGACAUUGGUGAUAUAGACAUAGAAAAGAGGGUCAGAGAGUUUGUGGGGAAAAGAGACAUUGGUGAUAUAGACAUAGACAAGAGGGUCAGAGAGUUUGUGGGGAAAAGAGACAUUGGUGAUAUAGACAUAGAAAAGAGGGUCAGAGAGUUUGUGGGGAAAAGAGACGAUGGUGACAUAGACAUAGAAAAGAGGGUCAGAGAGUUUGUGGGGAAAAGAGACGAUGGUGAUAUAAACAUAGAAAAGAGGGUCAGAGAGUUUGUGGGGAAAAGAGACAUUGGUGAUAUAAACAUAGAAAAGAGGGUCAGAGAGUUUGUGGGGAAAAGAGACGAUGGUGAUAUAGACAUAGAAAAGAGGGUCAGAGAGUUUGUGGGGAAAAGAGACGAUGGUGAUAGAGACAUAGAAAAGAGGGUCAGAGAGUUUGUGGGGAAAAGAGACAUUGGUGAUAUAAACAUAGAAAAGAGGGUCAGAGAGUUUGUGGGGAAAAGAGACAUUGGUGAUAUAGACAUAGAAAAGAGGGUCAGAGAGUUUGUGGGGAAAAGAGACAAUGGUGACAUAGACAUAGAAAAGAGGGUCAGAGAGUUUGUGGGGAAAAGAGACGAUGGUGAUAUAAACAUAGAAAAGAGGGUCAGAGAGUUUGUGGGGAAAAGAGACAAUGGUGAUAUAAACAUAGAAAAGAGGGUCAGAGAGUUUGUGGGGAAAAGAGACAAUGGUUAUAUAGACAUAGACAAGAGGGUCAGAGACUUUGUGGGGAAAAGAGACAAUGGUGAUAUAGACAUAGAAAAGAGGGUCAGAGAGUUUGUGGGGAAAAGAGACAAUGGUGAUAUAGACAUAGAAAAGAGGGUCAGAGAGUUUGUGGGGAAAAGAGACGAUGGUGAUAUAAACAUAGAAAAGAGGGUCAGAGAGUUUGUGGGGAAAAGAGACAAUGGUGAUAUAGACAUAGAAAAGAGGGUCAGAGAGUUUGUGGGGAAAAGAGACAAUGGUAAUAUAGACAUAGACAAGAGGGUCAGAGAGUUUGUGGGGAAAAGAGACAAUGGUGAUAUAAACAUAGAAAAGAGGGUCAGAGAGUUUGUGGGGAAAAGAGACAAUGGUGAUAUAAACAUAGAAAAGAGGGUCAGAGAGUUUGUGGGGAAAAGAGACGAUGGUGAUAUAGACAUAGAAAAGAGGGUCAGAGAGUUUGUUGGGAAAAGAGACAUUGGUGAUAUAGACAUAGAAAAGAGGGUCAGAGAGUUUGUGGGGAAAAGAGACAAUGGUGAUAUAGACAUAGAAAAGAGGGUCAGAGAGUUUGUGGGGAAAAGAGACAAUGAUGAUAUAAACAUAGAAAAGAGGGUCAGAGAGUUUGUGGGGAAAAGAGACAAUGGUGAUAUAAACAUAGAAAAGAGGGUCAGAGAGUUUGUGGGGAAAAGAGACAAUGGUGAUAUAGACAUAGAAAAGAGGGUCAGAGAGUUUGUGGGGAAAAGAGACAUUGGUGAUAUAGACAUAGAAAAGAGGGUCAGAGAGUUUGUGGGGAAAAGAGACAUUGGUGAUAUAGACAUAGAAAAGAGGGUCAGAGAGUUUGUGGGGAAAAGAGACAUUGGUGAUAUAGACAUAGAAAAGAGGGUCAGAGAGUUUGUGGGGAAAAGAGACGAUGGUGACAUAGACAUAGAAAAGAGGGUCAGAGAGUUUGUGGGGAAAAGAGACGAUGGUGAUAUAAACAUAGAAAAGAGGGUCAGAGAGUUUGUGGGGAAAAGAGACAUUGGUGAUAUAAACAUAGAAAAGAGGGUCAGAGAGUUUGUGGGGAAAAGAGACGAUGGUGAUAUAGACAUAGAAAAGAGGGUCAGAGAGUUUGUGGGGAAAAGAGACAUUGGUGAUAUAGACAUAGAAAAGAGGGUCAGAGAGUUUGUGGGGAAAAGAGACAUUGGUGAUAUAGACAUAGACAAGAGGGUCAGAGAGUUUGUGGGGAAAAGAGACAUUGGUGAUAUAGACAUAGAAAAGAGGGUCAGAGAGUUUGUGGGGAAAAGAGACGAUGGUGACAUAGACAUAGAAAAGAGGGUCAGAGAGUUUGUGGGGAAAAGAGACGAUGGUGAUAUAAACAUAGAAAAGAGGGUCAGAGAGUUUGUGGGGAAAAGAGACAUUGGUGAUAUAAACAUAGAAAAGAGGGUCAGAGAGUUUGUGGGGAAAAGAGACGAUGGUGAUAUAGACAUAGAAAAGAGGGUCAGAGAGUUUGUGGGGAAAAGAGACGAUGGUGAUAGAGACAUAGAAAAGAGGGUCAGAGAGUUUGUGGGGAAAAGAGACAUUGGUGAUAUAAACAUAGAAAAGAGGGUCAGAGAGUUUGUGGGGAAAAGAGACAUUGGUGAUAUAGACAUAGAAAAGAGGGUCAGAGAGUUUGUGGGGAAAAGAGACAAUGGUGACAUAGACAUAGAAAAGAGGGUCAGAGAGUUUGUGGGGAAAAGAGACGAUGGUGAUAUAAACAUAGAAAAGAGGGUCAGAGAGUUUGUGGGGAAAAGAGACAAUGGUGAUAUAAACAUAGAAAAGAGGGUCAGAGAGUUUGUGGGGAAAAGAGACAAUGGUUAUAUAGACAUAGACAAGAGGGUCAGAGACUUUGUGGGGAAAAGAGACAAUGGUGAUAUAGACAUAGAAAAGAGGGUCAGAGAGUUUGUGGGGAAAAGAGACAAUGGUGAUAUAGACAUAGAAAAGAGGGUCAGAGAGUUUGUGGGGAAAAGAGACGAUGGUGAUAUAAACAUAGAAAAGAGGGUCAGAGAGUUUGUGGGGAAAAGAGACAAUGGUGAUAUAGACAUAGAAAAGAGGGUCAGAGAGUUUGUGGGGAAAAGAGACAAUGGUAAUAUAGACAUAGACAAGAGGGUCAGAGAGUUUGUGGGGAAAAGAGACAAUGGUGAUAUAGACAUAGAAAAGAGGGUCAGAGAGUUUGUGGGGAAAAGAGACGAUGGUGAUAUAGACAUAGAAAAGAGGGUCAGAGAGUUUGUGGGGAAAAGAGACGAUGGUGAUAUAGACAUAGAAAAGAGGGUCAGAGAGUUUGUGGGGAAAAGAGACGAUGGUGAUAUAGACAUAGAAAAGAGGGUCAGAGAGUUUGUGGGGAAAAGAGACAUUGGUGAUAUAGACAUAGAAAAGAGGGUCAGAGAGUUUGUGGGGAAAAGAGACAAUGGUGAUAUAGACAUAGACAAGAGGGUCAGAGAGUUAAAAUUAAAUAAACUGAAACGCAUUUAGAAUAGAUUAUUAAAAGUCUGUUUGGUCUUUGUUUACCUGGCGCCAUGCUUACACUGAUGUCAAACUCGAUGCAGAUGAAUUUGUUCCAUAUUAUUUUGUCAAGUUACUUUUUUAACUAUUGAUUAUAAAAUCAUACAAUUGAAAAAGAUCUUGAACAUGUUUAAACUAGACACAAUUCAGAUCAUUAAAGUUGUCUUGUUACCGACUA